AUGCUUUCAGCAUUUACCGCGCGCCCCAUCAUCGAGCUCCGGCAGCGGGACAAGUCCAAGAUCGAGACGAUCCUUGCCAACGGUGACCGCGUGCUCGUCGGCCUGAAUAGCGGCACGCUUCGAAUAUACCGGCUCAACGAGCCGCCCCCGACCACCAAUGGCUCCCACCCGCCCGCGAACGACGGCGACGCCGCCGGCGGCUCUCAGAAUGGCGGCGAACCACACUCGAGUGCGCCCGUGAAGCCCACCGACCUCUUGCGCGAGGUCGAGAAGUUCUCCAGCCGGGCGAUAGAGCAGCUUGCCAUCAUAAAGGAGGCCAACAUCAUCAUCUCGCUCUCCAACUACCACAUCUCCUUCCACGACCUCCAGACGUACGAGCUCAUCGAGACGCUCGGUCGGACGAAGAAUGCCUCGUGUUUCGCCGUUACGUCUAAUAUUGUCAAAGACCCCGAUACCGGGAUCCCCGAGAUUAUCAGCCGCCUGGCCGUCGCUGUGAAGAGGCGGCUGCUCCUCUGGAGCUGGCACGAGAGUGAGCUGAGCGACCACGUGGGAGAGGUCACCCUGUCCGACACGAUCCGAUCAGUGACCUGGGCGAACGCAACCAAGCUGGUCUGCGGCAUGAACAGCGGCUACGUGAUGGUUGACGUCCUGACGCGGGAGGUGGAGGACAUCAUCAGUCCGGGUACGCUGGCCGCCAACGGCCAAGGCAGCCGGUUUGGCGCUGUCAGCAGCGCGGGAAUGGGCUAUAUGGGCCUUGGUGGUUAUAUGCCGAGACCACUGGCUGCCAAGCUGGCCGAUGGAGAGAUGCUCCUGGCCAAGGACAUCAACUCUAUGUUUAUUAAUGACAAGGGCCAGCCCAUCGAGAAGAAGAAGCAGGUUCCUUGGCAGGCUGCUCCCGAGUCUGUCGGGUAUUCGUACCCAUACAUCCUCGCCCUUCAGCCGCCGUCCAAGGGUUCUCUCGAGGUUCGGAAUCCCGAUACCCUCUCACUACUUCAGACCAUUUCUCUUCCUGGCGCAGCUCAACUCCAUUUCCUGCCCCCAACGGUGAGCCUAGCUCACGCAAAGGGGUUCCACAUAUCGAGUGAGCGAUGCGUUUGGAAACUGGGUGCUACGGACUAUGACACCCAGGUCCAGGAGCUGGUCAGUGGUUCCCUGUUCGACGAAGCCAUCAGCUUGCUCAACAUGUUGGAGGAUGCUCUUCUUCAAGAUAAGGCAGGGACGCUUCGAGAAGUCAAGAUGAUGAAGGCGGAGAGACUGUUCAAGGACAAGAAGUACGAAAAGAGUCUCGACUUAUUCAAUGAAGAUGAUGUGCACGCACCACCUGAGCGAGUUCUGAAAUUAUACCCACCCGAGAUCUCUGGGGAGUUGUCUGUAUGGUACGGCCAUAGCCAGGAAGAGGAAGAGGAGAGUGGAGAGACAGAGAACGCGGCGCCGGAGAAAACCAAUGGGGAUAGCCCUGCCGCGGAAUCUCCUGACCCAUCGUCGCCUCAGGCUGUCGGCGGGUUUGCCAAGCUGUUUGGGAGCCGUAGGGGGAUUCCGGCUGAUGCCGCCUCGAUUGCCUCUUCAAGGAGGGAGUCGAAGGACGCCGAGGACACCGACGACGCAAACAACUCAGUCAAGAAUGAGGAUGGGCCUCUCCAAGGGAAGGACUUGACGAAUGCCGUGAAGGCUCUGAAUAGCUACUUGGCCGGAACCCGAGCUCGCCUGCAGAGACUGAUAGACCCGGCAACAGGAAAGCUGAAGCCUGCGUCUAAGACAAGCACUGGGACCGAGAUUGACGUCGAGGAGUUUUUACGACUUUCUCAGACGGAUGACGAGAAGAAGCAGGAAGCAGAGCUCCAGAAGACAUUCCGCAUCGUCGACACAGCCCUGUUCCGUGCCUACAUGUUCUCAUCACCUACGCUCGCGGGCUCAUUAUUCCGUCUUCCCAACUUCUGCGACCCUGAUGUCGUCAACGAGAAGCUUCUGGAGCACAGCCGCUACAACGAGCUUAUCGAUUUCUUCAAGGGCAAGAAGCUCCACAGAGAGGCCUUGGACCUCCUCAAGAAGUUCGGUACUGCAACUAAGCCAGACCCGGCCGCACCGACGCUGCAUGGCCCGGAUCGCGCGAUAUGGUAUCUGGAGGGCCUCCCGCCGUCGGAGAUCGAUCUUAUCCUCGAGCAUGCCAAGUGGGUGCUAAAAGAGAAUCCGGAGUACGCCAUGGAGAUCUUUACAGGAGACACGGAGAACGCGGAGACGCUGCCACGAGACAAGGUGCUCGCGUUUCUGCGCGAGCAGGGUCCUCAGCUCGAGGCCCAGUACCUCGCCCACGUCAUUGAGGAAAUGGGGGAUAUGACCCCGGAUUUCCACAACAGACUGGUGGAGCUGUACGUUCAAAACCUGGCCAAGAAGGAGCGAGGCGAGGAUUGGGAUAAGGAGAUGGAGAGAUUCAUGAAGUUCCUCCGAGAGUCGAGGCAGGUAUACAGCUUGACGAAGGCGUUUGGAUUGAUCCCAAGAGAUGACCCGGCAUUUUACGAGGCGCGAGCCAUUGUUCUUAGUAACAUGGGACAGCACAAGCAAGCACUUGAGAUAUAUGUUGAUAGCAUGCAAGACUACGCUAAAGCAGAAGAUUACUGUAAUCGGAUUCAUCUGUCACAGGAAGCAGCGGCUGUUGAAGAUGGGGUUGACGGCUCGUCGUCGAACGAUGAUGACCUCUCUAUUUAUCAUACACUAUUAUCGAUAUAUCUCAAACCAGCUCCUCCACAGAAACCCAAGCUCGCACCGGCCCUAGACCUGCUCUCGAAGCAUGGGUCUCGCCUCCCCGCAGCGUCAACGCUAGGUCUGAUCCCCGACGAUUUGCCAGUGGGCGAACUCGAGUCAUACUUCAGAGGGCGAAUGCGAGCAGCCAACAGUCUUGUCAACGAGUCACGGAUUGUUGCUAAAUUGCGAGAGGCAGAGGGUAUUUCAAUUGCAGCGCGGCUCUACCUCGGUGACGAGAUAGAGGACGGCCAGGGGGGCCGCCAUAGACAUGUCGUCAUUACCGACGAGAAGCUCUGCGUCGUGUGUCACAGGAGGUUUGGCGGUGGCAUGCGGACGGGCGGGAGCGUCGUCGCUGUGCUGCCCGACAACACGGUUGUGCAUUAUGGUUGUUUGAGCAAGGCGACUGGCCAGAGGACGGAGCGGGUGCAAGCGCCCAGCUGGGGACGGGGGUUCUAA